AUGGCGCAGAGAGAGGCUCGCGUGACCGCUAGGCGAUCUCCGGGGGCUUCGCCGGCUGCGGGGCCUGGUCGCUCUACGCUGGAGGGGGAGCCGCAGGCGCGGGAAGGCGCGAGGCUCCUCGCAAAAAUCCGCCGUGGUGAGCUCUUCAAGGCGCACAGGCUGCCAGGGAUGACAUUUCCCGGGAGCCAGCGCGCGCAGCCGACCGCCCUCCUCAUCGCGAUCGCGCUGAUUCUCGCGGUCCAGACGAGGCAGCUCUCGACAGAAGCUUCCAUGAUGGGGGCGCGACCGAGACGAGCCACAGAGAGGGGCGGGGAGGACCCGUUGGCGUACAUUCCGCCUGUCAUCCAGCGCCUGGGCUUUCGUGAAGCGCCGAUGAGCUGGCGAGAGAAUGCGGCGAGUCGGUUAGGCAUCGCGGCGUCCAACGUGGAGCGGGGGCCGCUCAUUCAGUCUUCUCCGCUUCUCGGGAGGCCGGCGGGGGUGCGAAAAAUCGUCGGCGAUGGCUCGUGUUUUUAUCGCGCUCUGAGCGCGAGUUUGACGGGCUCCGAGGAGUUUGCGCCUCAGGUGCGAGCGGCGGUCGUCCGGUAUAUGUUUGAAGAGAAACCUUCGCUGAUCUCUGAGGACGUGCUGUCUGAGCAAGAUAUCAUGAGCGAGUUGAGGUUGCGCGGGCGGCGGAGCGCCGGUCUUUCGCGCACGCAGCUCCUGGAUAUGUAUAAGCAGCACAUGAGUUCCUCGUCCAGUUUCGCCACGUCUCGAGAACUCGACGCCGCCGCUGAGCUUAUCGGAGGGCGCAUCGCCGUUUACGUUCCGGCCGAAAGCAAAGGGAGGCGCGGCGCGGGUUCAGGCCGCCCCAGUCUUUACCGAAGCAGCUGGCAGAUCCACUCGUACAAACACUUUGACGACGACUACUCCCUGGGGGUACCUGCGGUCUACUUGAUCAACACGAAGCGCAUCCACUUUGACGUGGUCACGUCUGUGCAUGUGCCGACGCCCGAGGAGGGCUCCGAUUAG